AAACCCAGAUUCGUAAUCUCCGCAUCGGAGGCCGAAUCCCAAUCAAUCUCCAAACUCCUCCCUUCCCUCGUUUCCUCUGCUCAGUCCCUCGCCCGUCCUUCCAUCUCCAACUUUCCCGUCGCCGCCGUCAGACUCGGCACCUCCGGUCGCAUCUUCGUGGGCGUGAACAUGGAGUUCCCCGGCCUCCCCUUCCACCACACCAUCCACGCCGAACAGUUCCUCCUCACCAACAUGGCCAACAACGUCGAGACCCGCCUCGACUCCUUCGCCGUCUCUGUUGCCCCCUGCGGCCAUUGUCCCCAGUUCCUUCAAGAACUCCGCGACGCCCCCGACAUCCAAAUCCUCAUCACCUCCCAUAAAAACCCUCACUUCAGCCCUCUCUCCCACUUCCUCUCCCACCACUUCGGCCCCCACGACCUUUUCCCCAAAACCGUCCCUCUCCUCUUGGAGCCUCGUCACAACGCUCUCUCUCUUCCCCAAAACGAUCAUUUCAACGCUCUUGCGAUUGCAGUUGGAAAACAGGGGUGA